AUGGAACUGAGUGCCUUCAGAAGUACUGGGUGUGGGACCGGGGUGCCAACCUUGCCCGGGGUGGGUCUGGGUGGAACACUUCCAGAGGUCUCUGUUGUGGUGACUGUGCUAGGGCUCAGAGUGCUGCCUUCCCCUGUGGGUCCAGCCGUGCUUGGAGUUGAACCAACGGAUGGAACCGGAGUGCCUUCAGAAGUACUGGUGUGGGACCGGGGUGCCAACCUUGCCAGGGGUGGGUCUGGGUGGAACACUUCCAGAGGUCUCUGUUGUGGCGACUGUGCUAGGGCUCAGAGUGCUGCCUUCCCCUGUGGGUCAGCCGUGCUUGGAGUUGAACCAGCAGAUGGAACCGGAGUGCCUUCAGAAGUACUGGGUGUGGACCGGGGGUGCCAACCUUGCCGGGGGUGGGUCUGGGUGGAACACUUCCUCAGUGCUGCCUUCGCCAGAUGGAACUGGAGUGCCUCAGAAGUACUGGGUGUGGGCCCGGAGUCCAACCUUGCCCGGGUGGGUCUGGGUGGAACACUUCCAGAGGUCUCGGAUGUGGCGACUGUGCUGGGGCUAAGAGUGCUGCCUUCUUCGGUGGGUCCAGCCGUGGUUGGGGUUGAACCAACGGAUGGAACCGGAGUGCCUUCAGAAGUACUAGGUGUGGGACCGGGGGUGCCAACCUUGCCAGGGGUGGUCUGGGUGGAACACUUCCGAGGUCUCUGUUGUGGCGACUGA